GGAUUUGCCUCUUCCCACUGACCAGGAUACCCAAGAUGCACGCCCUUGUGAUCGUCCUCGCGGCCGUGGUGUCCGAAACGCUGGCGGGCGGCUACGCUGGCGGAGCAGUGGGAGGAGCUGUUGGUGGAGCUGCCGGCGGCGCCGUCGUGCACGGUGGCCCGGGCGUCGUGCACGGUGGCCCGGGCGUCGUGCACGGCGGCGGAGGCGUGGGCCUCGGUCUCGCUGGCGGCGGCGGCGGCGGCGGCGGCGGCGGCCACGCAGCCGGUGUGCCCCUCGCCGGCCACGGCGUCGUAGGACACGGCGUCGUAGGACACGUCAAAGUGGCUCCUGUCAAGACCGUGUCGUACGUCAAGAAGCCUGUCGUGAGCUUCAGCUAUGUGACCAAGCCUGUGGUGAGCUACGUGAAGCAGCCGGUAACCACCGUGUCGCAUGCCAUCCAGCCUGUGGUCACGGUGAGCCAUGCCGUCCUCAGCGACGUUGGCGCCCUUGGAGCAGGCGGCGGAGUCGGAGGUGGCUUUGUUGGAGCAGGUCUCGGUGGCGGACUGGGCACCAUCGGAGCCGUUGACGGUGGCGUCAGCGUUGUGAACGGCUACGGCUUGGGAUCGUACGGUCUUGCCGGCUACGGAACCGGUGCCGGAUACGGAGGGGGCUACGGAGGAGGCUACGGAGGAGGUUACGGAGGAGGCUACGGAGGAUACGGGGGAGUUGGCCUCAAGGGUACCGUUGUUGCAGCCGACGUCGGAGCUUUCGGAGGAUACGGCGGAAAUCUCGGCUACGGAGGAGGCGUCACCUACGCCACAGGACUGGGCUAUGGUGGUGGCUACGGCAACGGGUACGGUGGCGGCUACAGUGGAGGAUACGGCGGUGGCUAUGGAACAGGCCUGGGUCUCGCUAGCUACGGCGUCAAAGGACACCUUGAUGCAGGCAAUGUUGGCGUCGGACUUAAGGGAGGAUACGCAGUAGGUGGAGGUUACGGGGGUGGACUGACUGCUGUCGGGGUUGGGGGAGGCUACGCAGGCGGCUAUGGAUGGUGAAACACCAUGCUCUCAUCUGCUCUUCACACGUCACACUAGUCCAUCCUAGAAAACAGCACGAGUUCUCAGGAGCCACAAUGCCCACUUGCAGCACUGCCCGCCCCGUGCGCCACAUGUACAGAUUCACAGGCGUCGUCUCUACCGAAUAAAUCAAGGGCGUUGCAGACACAAUCGCCGGGCGUAUGUGGCGGUGACAUCGGCAACAGCGGAUUCCCUGGGGCCUACGAGGGCAGGCACAGAAAUCACGACCUUCAUGUUGCUACAAGAAAUGCUUACCUGUCCUGGUCAGUGGAUACGAACAUUUUAUGUACACUAUGAGAAAAAAAAAUAAAGUUUAGAGAGGCAGAA